CACAAGGAGGGUGGCAGGGGGCACUCACUAAACAACACACACCAGACAGCACUUUCAGAGAGAGAGAGACAGAGAGGUAGAAAGAGAGAGAGAGUGCAAGGGAGAAAUCGGCCUCGAACAGAACAUUGAGUCUAAACUGAUUGCAUGAAAGUUGGACCUUUAAUGAACUUAGAUAUUGAGCGUUCAAUCCAAUAACCUUGGAGAGGAAGAGUCUGAAUUGACUUUAUGUUUCAAAGGAAGUUGGACUGACAAACACAGAAAGUCCACGGAACCAUGGACGAUGUAUCACUCUGCCAGGACGAUUCUGGGAAAGACGCAACAGCCAACCAGACGGAGGACAACAAAAACAAUCAGACAGAGAGAGAGGCUUCAGUGCAGGAGUGUGACCCCCCUAAGAGAGACCACCUGGCGGAGGACACAGUGGAAGGUCAUGUGGUUAAGUCUGGGGCUAAUACGGGGAAAGCGCCGGAACAGGCAGCAGGGGCUAGCGUUGGAAAUGUAGAGGAGUCUCAGCCAGUAACCGACGCCAUUGAGGUUAAUGGUGAAGAGGCUUGUAAGGGUGAGGGAACAUCUCAAGGUGCAGACGCCGGAGAAACAGAAGACUCCAAAGUGGUGAACGGAGAGAAGAAGGGGGAGGGAGAGAAGGAGGAGGACAAGAAUAGAAAGGGUCAAGAGGUGGUCAAGAAUGGAGAGAUUGAGAAAGAGGGUGUGAAGGAGGACAAAGAGAAGGGGGGAGAAAAUAUUGCCAGGAAAAAGGAGAAGGGGGAAAAGGGAAAAACAGAAGAGAAGAUAAAAGGAGAUAAAGGGAAAGACAGAAAAGGGAAGGGAGAGGGAGGGAAGGGAGAGGGAGGGAAGGGAGAGAGAGAGGGAGGGAAGGGAGAGGGAGGGAAGGGAGAGGGAGGGAAGGGAGAGGGAGGGAAGGCACCGGAGAACAAGAGCAAACCAGUAAAAGAAAAGGAAGGGGCAGGGGCAGGGGGGGGGAAGGUUAAAGAGAAAAGCAAGGAGGUGGAGAAGCAAGGAAAGACCAAGAGAAAGAGUGGCGUGAAUCACACCGCCUCUACCCCAUCCUCUGUGGCCCGACCCCGGAGCUCUGCCCGCUCUGCCCGGCCUUCCACUAAAAAGGACAUCAUAGCAAAGUUCCAGAAAAAUGACUCUGAGACACCGGUUGUCUGCAACUUCAAACUUCAGAGAUCAUCUAUGGCUGUGGCAAACGGGGGGUCAAUCAAACAGAAAGUGCUUUCCUGGUGUCAAAACAAAACACGCAAGUACGAGGGUGUUUCCAUAGAGAACUUCUCAUCAUCGUGGUGUGAUGGGCUGGCGUUCUGUGCACUCAUCCAUCGCUUCUUCCCGGACGCUUUCGACUUCUCAGCCCUGAGCUCAUCUGAGAGAGCGAAGAAUUUCACCCUGGCCUUCAAUACAGCAGAGACCAUGGCUGACUGCUGCCCCCUGUUGGAGGUUGGUGAUAUGAUCCUGAUGGGGAACAGCCCGGACCCUAUGUGUGUGUUCACCUAUGUCCAGGCACUCUGCCAUCACCUCUCCAAAAUAGAGAAGGAGAGGAAGGACAAGGAGGAAGAGGAGAAGAAGAGUGAAAAGAUGAAAGACGAAGAGGUAGAAACCACUGCAGAGAAGAAAGAGGAGGAGAAUGAGGAAACUGGGAAGAUAGAUGGCCAACAAGAGGAAGGAGAUGAGGGAAGGGAGAAUGAAGUAAAAGAUGGGAAAGAGAAUGAGAGUGAGGAGAGCUCAGCGGUAGAGAGAGAGCAAGAGGGAAGAGAAGUUAGAGGGUUAAUUGAAGCACAGGCUUAAGCUAAUGCUAAAGACAUGGAAAAGAGAUUCAAAUAAGCCACAUGAUGAAGUAUAGUUUUACAGUUUGGAACACGACAAGUGUUUAGCAUGUAUGAGCAUAAUUUCUUAAAGAGUGACACAUUACUACUGUAUAUUCAAAAGCUGGCUUUGUUAAGGUUGUGAAUUAUACUCAGAUUCCAACAAUGUGUGUAAAUUGUAACCUGUUGUGACUUUUUAAACCAUGUUUAACACAUGCUGUGUUCUUUCCAAUUUCAUUAUCACGUCUGUUGUGGAAGUUUGUGCACAGAAAAAUAAAACGUCAAUGUAUAUUAUAAUGAAUUAUUUUGAUUUCUUUUUUAGAAAGACAACCUAUGUAUGUUUUUAUUAUGGGUAAAGUUAUUAAGUACGGCUGCACUGCAGCCCAAAUAAGGAUUCAAAAGGCGCUCUUGGGUUCAUGAUGAUCUAUCUUGAAUAAAAAAGAUUUAAAAAAAGAUU